UGACCGAAACUCGUUUGAGUCUGUUGUUUCCAGAAUUGACCCAAUGUUGAAUCAUAUUGGUAUACUGUAAAAUGAAGAUUUUGUUGUUUCCAUUUGGUCUGAUUCUGCAUAAUAAGUUGAGCACCAAUAUAUAUGUAUAUUGCUAUAUACACACUUUUUACUGAUUUUUCUGCUAAUGGGAAAUGUGGGCAACUUGGAAAGAGUGGCCGAUUGGGAAUGGGCCCGCGCAAUUUUGAUUUGAAAAUUGCCAUUAUGGGUGUGGGGGGAAAAUGGGUGGGGAAAUGGCCAAUUGGGGGCCAACCCCAAGGUGAUCGUGAUUUGAAAUUGCCAUUGUGGCGGGCUGGGGAAGAAUGGGCCCAUUUGGAAAUGGGAGGGAAAUUUCGGUGGGGGAAAAUGGAUGGGGAAAGGGGGGAUGCGGGGCAAUUGCAGAGGUGCUCGCCUAAAGGCGACUGUGGGGAAGAUUGGGGAUAUUUCAUGUGCUAUUUGGCAUAUUAGAUAAAACUCGGUUUUGUCAGAUGUUCUUCAUCGAGCAAGAGAAAAUACUGUUGGAAAUUUUGGAAAAUGAAGAAUAUUUCUUUUCA